AUGUCGUUCAGCAGCAGCGAGACGACGCGCAGCCGAUUCGGUGGCGCAGGACGCACGCGCGAAGUCGCACGCGACAUUGACGACAAGCACAAGAGCUUCAAUCUGAGCCAUCCGAGCCAUCCGAGCCAUCCGAGCCCGCAGGAGCACCAGCCAUGGCGAAUCCCGUUCGGAGUCUUGUUCAAGCAACUCUUGGCAUUGCGCUUGCUGGCAGCCAUCUUCUCUAACAUUUCCGAUUGCGACGAGACGUUCAAUUACUGGGAACCGAUGCACUACGUGAUCUACGGCCAUGGAAUGCAAACUUGGGAGUACUCGCCAGAGUUUGCCAUUCGCUCCUACGCGUACUUGUUGCCGCAUGCCGUUGUCGUGAAGCUCGCUGCUCUUGUGCAAAUCGGAACGAGCAAGGUUGCUCUUUUCUACUAUGUGCGUGUCGUGCUAGCCUUCUUGUGCGCCUUCUCGGAAGCUGCUUUCAUUCACAGCGCGCAACUCCACUUGAAUGUGACGAUUGGUCGAGCGCUGCUGGCGUUUUUGCUUGGCUCCUACGGCAUGUUCCUCGCGUCGACCGCCUUCUUGCCGAGUAGUUUCACCAUGGUCUGCGUCAUGUUUGCCAUGGCGUGCUGGAUGCGUGUUCAAUCUCUUGAGGAGGUCGUGACUGGUGGACAACCCGCAUCCAAGGGCUCUUUGCUGCACUCGGUUCGCUUCCACUCAAUCUUGGGUCUCGUUUUUAGCAUUGCGAUUGGAGCCAUUCUCGGUUGGCCCUUCUGCGGUGCAGUCGGUCUGCCAAUGGCAAUUGAUUUGCUUCUGCUUCGAACGUCUCGUCGCCAUUGGGUUUCGUUCAUUGUCGCUGGAUUUUUGGCGAUUCUAGUUGUUUUGUUGCCGACAGUGGCGAUCGACUCGUACUUUUACGGCACGCCUGUGUUCGCUAGCCUGAACAUUGUUUUGUACAAUGUUUUCGGACAAGGCGGUCCCGAUUUGUACGGCGUCGAGCCGCUCAGCUACUAUUUGUUGAAUGGCAUUCUGAAUACGAACGUUGCCUUUCUGCUGAGUUUUGUCGCUUUGCCUCUGACAAUGCUGCUCGCGAUGGUUCCUGCGCUUCGUAAUCGCGUGCGCCUGGCUGGUGGCCGGUCUUCGUCGACCUUGCUCAUCUACCUCAUGCCGCUCUAUUUGUGGAUGGCCAUCUUCUUCACCCGUCCGCACAAGGAGGAGCGGUUUUUGUUUCCCGCCUACCCGCUUAUUUACUUGGCCGGUGCAAUCGUGCUAGAAGUUGUGGCUGCUUGGUCCUCUCUGCUGCCGCCUCUUGCUCGAGUGGCUCGCGUGCUAGUGCGACUUGCUCUCAUUGUGGCAUUUGCCUUGUCCGUUUCUCGAGGAUUCAUGCAGUACAAGAACUACCAUGCGCCACUGGACGUGUACGGCCACUUGUCGCAAGUCCUCGCCGACAACGCCGAUGCGGCUCCUCAUUCGAUCGCGGUCUGCGUCGGAAAGGAAUGGUAUCGCUUCCCGAGUCACUUCUUCCUUCCUGAAAACUCUCGCCUCGAGUUUGUUGCGUCAGAAUUUCGGGCCCAGUUGCCGCAGCCAUAUAGCGCGCAGUACGGUACCAGCGGCGUUCCGCCAAACUUUAACGACAUGAACCGCGAAGAGCCAUCGCGUUAUUUUGACAUCAACAAGUGCGAUUACUUGAUCGAUGUGGAUACGGCUGCAGUGGCCCCUCGUGAACCCAGAUAUGCUUUGCAAACAGAGAAGUGGAAGGAAGUUUACUCUGUGCCGUUUUUGGACGCUGCGCAAUCACCGAACGCGCUGUUUAGGGCCUUCUACGUCCCAUUCCUUUCAGCGCAACAUUGCACGUAUGCCAAAUAUGUUGUUUUGCAGCGAGUGUGAGAUUUCAAUGUCGCGUUUGGCUGCUGCAAUAACAAAGAGAAUUUGUAUUAAACAGCCCCUUCGUUGCUCGUUGCUUCGAGGAGUGAAUGACAUCACAAUAACAAC